AUGAACGAAGAUGUAUAUUCUCUGAAAUAUGAAAGUUUGAAGUUUCUGCGUUGUGGAAACUUCGGAAGUAUUUCUGAGAGUCGGAGAAUUGUCGACGGGCGAGAGACAAUUACCAAAGUUGUUACUGUCGAUUCUAUUUUCGGAGAAUGGGUUCUUUGUGAAAAACAGAAAAAUCGUCAGAUCCCAUCAGAAAUACACUUUCUGGAACGUUUAGAGCACCCAAAUAUUAUCAAAUUCAUUGAGUACUUUCAAACCAAAACUAGUUUCAUAAUUGUGACUGAAAAAAGAAAUUCGGGGAUAGAUUUAUUUGAGUUCAUUAAUAAACAACCCAAGUUAGAAGAAAAGCUCACGGCUCAUAUUUUUUCACAGGUCCUAUCAGCUGUGGCAUAUCUACAUUCUAGAAAUAUUCUACAUGGUGAUAUAAAAGAAGAGAACGUUGUCAUUGAUCGCUCACUGAACUGUGUCCUGAUUGAUUUUGGCUCUUCUGCGUACUUCGGCCCAGAUGUAGCGUUUUCGUCCUACUCUGGUUCUCCCCAAUGUAUAUGUCCAGAAGUUCUCCGGAGAGAAAUUUUUCGAGGUCCAGAACAGGAAGUUUGGUGUUUAGGAGUUUUACUGUACACCCUUCUUCAUUUUGACUAUCCUUUUCACUCGGACAAUGAUAUCCUCAAUUCCAAUUUAGUGUUCAACGAAGAAAUAUCGCAAGAUAUGCAAGAAGUGCUAUUGAAGUGUUUGCAUCCUAUCGCAGUGUGCCGUCCGGCGGUUUCAUAUCUUGCAAACGUUGACUUAUUCAAGCAACCAAUAGAAUUGAACCUUUAUACAUUCUACGAUAUAUUUGAUGCAGAUAUAAACGUUGAAACAAUCAAAGCGAAUACUGGACAGGGAACAUCGUACGAAAAAUGUUCUUCAACCUGCACUUCCGAUGACGAUUUAAAUACUUUUUAUGCAAAUUCCUUUUUAGCUAAUAUAUUACUUUGA